AUGUCGUCCACUGACUCAAGCGCUCCUGGAGUAGAAAUUAAAUAUACACAAAUUUUCAUUAAUAACGAAUGGCAUAAAGCAGCGAAUGGUAAAACAUUUCCGGUCAUCAAUCCAAGUACAGGCGAAGAAAUAUGUCAAGUAGAAGAAGGCACUAGAGCCGAUGUUGAUAAAGCAGUUCUAGCUGCUCGUAAAGCUUUUGACAUUGAUUCACCAUGGCGUAAAUUCGAACCUGUUGCACGUGGAAAUUUAAUGAGAAAAUUUGCUGGUCUUCUUCGACGAGAUAUCGAUUAUUUAGCGAACUUGGAAACUCUGAAUAAUGGUAAACCUGUAGAAGACAGUAAAGGUGAUAUUUAUGCAUCAGCUGAUUGCAUUGAAUAUUAUGCUGGAUGGGUUGAUAAAAUUGUUGGUGAAACCAUUCCUGGAGCGCAUGAUCAAUUGAUUUUUACUCGUCAUGAACCCAUUGGCGUUUGUGGACAAAUCAUUCCAUGGAAUUAUCCGAUUAUGAUGAUGGCUUGGAAACUAGGACCAGCUUUAGCUUGCGGUAAUGUUAUCAUUUUGAAACCAGCUGAACAAACACCACUGAGUGCACUGUAUUGUGCUGCUCUUAUCAAAGAGGCAGGCUUUCCACCAGGUGUUGUUAACAUUGUACCAGGUGAUGGACCUGAAUGUGGUAAUGCCGUUUCUUCUCAUCAAGAUAUUGAUAAAGUAGCUUUCACAGGCUCUGUUGAAGUCGGAAAGAAAGUUCAAGAAGCUGCAGCUAAAUCAAAUCUUAAACGUGUUUCACUUGAACUUGGUGGCAAAUCUCCAUUGAUCAUUUGUGAAGAUGCUGAUAUUGAUUAUGCUGUUUCUGUUGCUCAUCGAGCUAUUUUUACCAAUGCUGCACAAAAUUGUACUGCUGGAUCUCGUACAUUUGUUCAUGCAAAAAUCUAUGACGAAUUUAUUGCUCGAAGUGUUGAACUAGCUAAAACUCGUGUGGUUGGUAAUCCAUUCGAUGAUAUGACCACACAAGGUCCACAAAUUAAUGAUAGUCAAUUCAAAAAGAUUUUGAGCUAUAUUGAAUCUGGUAAACAAGAAGGCGCGAAAUUAGAAUGUGGUGGUGAGAAAGCAUGUGAGAAAGGUUAUUUUAUUAAGCCGACAAUCUUCAGUGGUGUUAAAGACGAUAUGAAAAUUGCUCGUGAAGAAAUAUUUGGUCCUGUAAUGUCAGUGUUGAAAUUCGAUUCGUAUGAUGAUGUAUUGAAACGAGCCAAUGGAACGUCUUUUGGUCUUGGUGCUGGUGUAAUUACCAAAGAUUUAACGCGUGGUCUUACAUUUGCUAAACAAUUACAAGCUGGAUCAGUUUGGGUCAAUGAUUAUGAUGCUGUAUGUAAUCAAGCACCAUUUGGUGGUUUUAAACAAUCAGGUCAUGGUCGUGAAUUAGGACGUUAUGGCCUUGAAGCAUACUAUGAAGUGAAAACAGUCGUUGUCAAACUUAUUUAA